AAGGCGUUAGCUUUUUUCCCUUAAUGGUAUUACAAUUAUGUGCACAGAAAUAAGCGCGAAUUUACAUUCUCGAAUUUAUACUCUCUGUUUACGUCCACUUUUAGCAUCACAAUUUAAAAAUUAGAAUCUUUUUUUUUAAGAGAAAAAUCGAUUAAGUACUCUCCCUUCCUAGCCAUGGUCAGUACAGGUGGUCUCUAUGGCAACGUAUUCGCCGCAAACAAGAAACACAUGGGUUGUGAAAGUGUGUCUGGUCUACAGUGUUUGAAUUCUCUGUUCCUCGUGCAAGAAUGUCUUACCGUGAUUUACGUAAUUUCACGGAGAUGAUGAGGGUGCUGGGUUACCCGAGGUUGAUCUCGCUCAUGAAUUUUCGCGUGCCGAAUUUUCCUUUAGUCGCGGAGAUCCUAGUCUGGUUGGUGAAGCGAUUCGAUGCAGAUGUAUACAUACCUAGCGAUCACGAUACGGAAGAGCAGCGCGUGGGGUUGAUACGCAGCGUCGCCGAGUUUAUGGCAUUAAAGACAAACAUCAAGUUAAACACGAAGAAGCUGUAUCAAGCUGACGGUUACGCAGUGAAGGAAAUGCUGAAGAUCACCACGCUGCUGUACGAUGCACAAAACAGCAUCGACAUCGAGCAAAGCAGACCUGGCAGCAAUCAGACCACGGUGAAUUUCGACAUAUCUGACAAGAUUAACGAACUAAAAACAACGCGGCAACUUGCCAGUCAGUUGACCAUCAACGGGGCGACCCUCUUCGACUUGCUUGGCCGAGAAGUGGAGCUUCGGGAAAUUCGCAACACCAAGGUCGCCAGGCAGUUUGAUACCUCGGAGAUAGAGGUAGCACUAAAGGAUGUAGUUGCAAGCACGCAUAAAGAGAUCGAUGAAACCAGAAAGCAGAUUGACAAUGUCAAGGAAACGGAACAAAAUUUGGAUGCGAGAAUUGAAAGACGGCGAACCGAGCUGGAUCGAAAUCAAAAGAGACUGCAAACGUUGAAGAAAGUUCGUCCGGCGUUCAUGGAGGAAUUCGAGAAGCUUGAGAUCGAGUUGAGAACUUUGUAUGAGGAUUAUCUACAAAAAUUCCGCUAUCUGGCGUAUUUGGAACACUUGCACGAAGAGGCGGCCAAAGCAGAGCAGGAAAGAUUCGAAAGACGGCAAGCCGCAACUAAGAAGCAACUUGAGCAAAUGAGAUCCGAAGACUCGAGCUUCGAGAACAUGAUGGAAGGCAACGAUUCCAUAUUCGCUACGAAUCUUCAGGAAUCUCUGGUUACUCCUCUGACGAAUCCGGAAGCCGCAGCGGAGAAAUCUGGUCAAUCCGCUCGCAUCAAACCAACUACCGGAAGAGGAGCGUCAAAGGUGCAAUACACCCAGCGGCGCAUUUACGGCAGCAUGUCGGGACGACAGAGAGGUACAAUUCAGGAAACGAGCGACGGCUCACUGGACAGCGACAGCGAUUUACUGAUCGACGGCGACCUCGAUGACGAUGACGACGAGGACCUUCUGAAUUCCGUCGGUGCGCCAAACAUCGGCGACUACAAUAUCAAAACCGGCCAGGAGAAACGAUCCGUCAGCAAGAUAGACAGGCACUCGGACGAUGAUUUCUAAUCGGCGUGACAUGACCUUUGCUAUUGCAAAAGAUUAUUGAUCGGCAUCACCUGUUGCGUAAUAUUAAAGGAGAAUUGCAGAAAAAUGGUGAAAUAUGUAUUUGUAACAAAAUGAAAUACAACGUAAAAGUAACAUAAUAAU